AUCAGUCAAAAUGGCGGAUAUAUUUCAGUGCUGUAAUGGGGACCCUGAUCUCAAAAGACAAAGUGAUAUAAGCAAACAGAUUGACGAACAGUUAAAACGAGAGAAAAUACAGUUCAGGCGGACGGUGAAGAUAUUGUUGUUGGGUGCUGGUGAGAGUGGUAAAAGUACAUUCUUGAAGCAAAUGCGAAUUAUUCAUGGAGAGGAUUUUGAUCAGAGAACACUCACGGAAUUCCGUGACACAAUUUAUUCAAACAUUAUUAAAGGAAUGCGUGUUUUGAUCGACGCGAGAGAAAAACUGGCUAUUCCUUGGGGCGAAGAAUCAAAUGCAAGACAUGCUCAAUUUGUAUUUAGCUAUGACAAUUCACAAUUAGAUGAAAAUGUUUUUCAAAACUAUGUAGAAUCACUGGAAUUGUUGUGGAAAGAUGAAGGAAUUCUUGCUGCCUUUGCUCGCCGUCGAGAGUUUCAGUUGGGCGACUCUUUGCGCUAUUUCCUAAGCAUUAUCCACCGUAUUGGCAAACCAGAUUAUGUGCCUCUGAAGUUGGACAUCCUUCAUGCGAGAAAGGCAACAAAGGGCAUCACAGAGCACCAGAUUGACAUCAACCGGAUACCCUUCCUGUUUGUCGAUGUCGGGGGUCAGAGGUCGCAGCGUCAGAAGUGGUUCCAGUGCUUUGAGGGAAUCACAGCCAUCCUGUUUCUGGCAUCCUCGAGUGAGUUCGACCAGGUACUCAUGGAGGAUCGCAGAACGAACCGCCUUUUCGAGUCAUGUGACAUUUUCGAGACCAUAAUCAACAACAAGAUUUUCUGCAAUGUGUCCAUCAUUCUCUUUCUGAACAAAACUGAUCUUUUAGAAGAGAAGGUGAAAGUUGUGAGCAUAAGAGACACCUUCCCCGAGUUUGAAGGGGACCCCCACUGUCUGGAUGAUGUUCAGAACUUCAUUCUGGGACUGUUUGAUGAUCGCCGGCGUGAACGGUCCAAGCCUUUGUUUCAUCAUUUCACCACUGCAAUAGACACUGAGAAUAUAAAGUUUGUGUUUAAGGCUGUGAAAGAUAUCAUAUUACAGGACAACAUCAAGUCACUCAUGUUACAAUAGAGGCUUUUUCAGUUGUUCGUCACCAGUGUUAGUGAAUUUUAAUAUGUGUAUAUACUAGAGGUAAGAGUAAGUGCUAAACUGAUUGAAUCAGCUACAUGUAAUCACAAACAGAAGUAGAUAUGAACAUUGACGCAAGGUGCAAUGUGUGGAUAUAAUGUUCAUGUAUAUAUAUUAUUGUUAUCAAGAAAUCAAUGUGUGGAAUACCACAAUUAUAUUGCGCUACUGUCUACUUAUAUGACUUAGAGUGUGGGUAUUCCCAAACCGUUUGUACCUCUCUUUUAGGGCUGCUGAAAGUGUGAAUAAUAAUUGGGAUGUCUUAGAAAAUAAGUCCUUGGGAAGCAUUCACGUAAACAACAAAAACAAAAUUAAAUCAAAUGAUAGAAUCACAAAACCAAAUUUGUAACAUGUGUUAAAAUUGCAUUAGAGAAACUAUUCAGAAUUUAAAAUUGCUAUGACUGCUUGUUCAUGAGACAAAAAAUGAAAAUGUUACUAUUCCUCCACAGGAUUCAUUUCUGCUGAUGACGUUUCCAUGUAUACAUACAACCAAUCUGGACCUUAUGGGGAAAAUUAGCUACUAUAUCCAUCAAAGUGUAAUUUUUUAUGUUUACAUGAUAGAAAUUGUGGAAACCAUCAGAAAAUUUCAGGAAACUUAAGGUUAACUAGAAAUUGAUAUAGUGGCCCAUCUACCUGUACCCGUUCAAGCUUCAUUUAUGUGUUUAUCUGUUGCCUAUCAGUGUAAAAGCUUGGCAGUUGUACCAAUAUUCCAAAUAUUCAUUUUGAAUUUUUUUGCAUUUUAAUUGGAAAAAUUUACAUUUGUGAAUUCUUUUUAGCAUGGGGGAGCAUUUAUGACUGAAUAAUGACUAUUAAAUCAACCAAAAAUAAACCCGGCAACUCAGCAUGAAAUUCAAGUAUGGAAACAGCCACUUAAUAGUCUCUCGUGAUUUAUGACAGUCAUCCAUACAUUAAAGUGACAGAUGAAUUUUUUCUAAUUGUUUACCUAUAUGGUGUCAAAGAGAACUGUUUGUGUACAUGGCAUGCCUUGAACAAUAUCUGUACAGGGAUUCAUCACAAAGGCAUUAUUUAAUCAUGUGUUUUCAGACUUCUGAUUUGUUGAAUUGAGGGUUGGACCAUAAAUUGCUAAAUUCAUACCGUUUGUAGUUAUCUUGAUGAUUUGAAGGCUUGUUACUGUAACCAAGAAGACUGGUCUCUGCUCAAUAGAGGACGUGAUUAUUCUGUAGUCCGCACCUUCUGCUGUUUGAACAAGCAGUAUACAUGUGAUCAUAUUAGAUGACGCUGCUGAAGCUGCUGUAUGAUCGGUGACAUAACACUGCUUCUACAUACCAUUAGCUACAUGUAUGCUGUGUGGUUUUAUGUUUCAAAGUAGUAAAACACAAUGCAUGUAUUAAAACACACUCUAAUACGAGGUAAUGCACUAUCAUAGCUGUUAUACCUUAAAUCAUAAAUUUCAACAUAGUUUGUCCAUCAUAAGUCUGUCAGAAAUGCGAUUUUAAUUUUCCUAAGUGAGUUUCAAUGUUGAUGAUGCCAAUCAGUCAUUUCUGUCAGAAGAUGUAUGUCAAUGCUGUUAUGAGGCUAGACUGUAAAUUAAAAUCUUGUUUCUCUUUAGGGUCACUUUCAAGUAUGAAAGCAGUUUCUUAAGAGUCCUAUUCAAUUAACAAACAAAUUUUCUAGAAAAAGGGACAAUAAAAUAUCAUAUAUUUCGUCUUUAUUUAUAACUGAUACCAUACUGAUAGGAAGUUUUUUUUAUGAAUUCGAAAUUAAGCAUACCGGUCUCUCUGGAAAGAUAGGGUCACCUAUAACUGUACAAAGAUUAGAAUAAACUUUGUGCCUUUUCAAGUGGAAGAGUUUAAAACCUAUUGAUAUAUAAUGGAAAAUUAAAUUAAUGGUCAACAAGUGAAUGGCUGAAAUUUGACAUUAUUGGUGUUAAGUUUAAUCCUUUUAAAUACGAUGAAGUGCUGAAAAACAUUCUUCAAUACAAUGCAGAAUAAAUGUAUUCACCAAUUACACUAUAACAUUUAACCUAUUCCAAAUGUAUUCAACCUAAUUGAUAAUUCACAAAGGCGUAUGGCCUUUAUCAUAACCUCAGCCUAAAUAGGUAUCAAGUUUGGGCUAAUUAAGGAUAACAUUUCAGGGCAGUAAGCUACCAUAAAAUGGAGUAUGACAUAGUUGAUGACCUCGACAAUUUCCCAGAUUUGACAUUUGGUAUGCAUGCACAUGUUAAUGUGGCUUUAAUAGUGAAAAUAUAUUCUUCUAUUAGGCCAAAGUGAAUAAAUUUUAUGAAAAUUGUUCAUUUAAAUUAUACCAGACUGAUUUAGCCAUUAACUCAGUGGAUAUAUAUAAUGGUUGUUAAGCUUCGAUGACUAAACCCAUCAGUAAUGUAAAUUGUUAACAUUAUAAAGAAGUUUGAUAUUCUAUAAAAAUUGUCAUUUUUUUCUACAAGGCAGGGAUUAAAAGAUAUAUUUAUACUGCAUACUAUUUUUAGCCCGUCUAUUUUUUGAUGUAAGAAAGUCAGUGUAUUGUCAUAGUCAUGGCAUUAGUAUUGGUGUUUGCGUGCAAAAACAAAAACCGUGCCCAUUACCCCCAAAAUGCUUGAGAUGUUCACAUGAAACUUGGUACCCAGAGACCUUAUGCAUGUGUCAUGUAGAGCAAGACCCAUGACUCUGCCAGUAUUAAUUACUGAGUAAUAUGACACUUUUUGCCUUAAAAACAACAGACUAGCAACGAUGUUGCUCUGCGACACUCUAUAUACCAUUAUUUUUAAGGCUGGGCAGAUUUUGGUUGUGCGCCAUUGUAGAUUCUAGGUUAUAAUCACCUUUAAAUAAAAUGAAUAAAAGCUGGAUAAAGUAUUCUGUAUACAGUAUAAAGUAUUAGUUUUUUUUUUUAUAGUAUUCUUUUUUCUUCUAAGACACUAUGACUGAUGUUGGUUCUUGCUAUUUGCUGCAGUUGUACAUACGUGUAUACUUUCAUGAUUGUCAACAUUUGUUAUGGUACUAGCAUAAAAUAUAACACCAUUACAUGUAAACCUGUAUAUGUAUACCAGGAAUGCCUUCGUCCUGUGCCAUUGAAAACCAUUUAUCUGUUUUGUUAAAAAAAUUGUUGUAUGUCUGUGAGAAAACUUGAGUGCACAAAGUUGAAGAAAUUCUUCCAUACAUUCACAUCAGUUGCUUUUAUAGUUUUGGCUUCCAGAAUGACUAUGCCUUUCUUAAUUGAACCGUGUCAGCCUGUGUUUUAAGUGCUGUCAUUGUUAUAAUUGUUUUACAUUUUCUUUGGAAGUAAAUAGUUGCCAUUAUUUAACCUGGUGAAGGAAGAUGAUGCCAAUAAUUGGUUUCUAUAGAAAACACUAUUAAUUAUAUUUUCAUAUUAUUUUUAGAAGAACAACAAAGAUAAAUUCAUCACAUGGCGUUCCUAGUUCUGAGUGAAAUACAUAUUUUCUUACAAAACACUAGUGUACUAUUGCUUGACAUUGACCUCAUCUCAUCCUUCUAAUUUAGCAGCAAAUUUUUAUCAAAUAAUGAAUAAAAUCUUCAUAUUUGGAGACAGAUGUGUCAUAUGAUAAAAAAAGAUCUUGCAUGAUUUGCCAUUGAAUACACCAUGUUAUCAUACACACAAAAGGCUCCCUUUAUAACUUUUUCUGAACUUGUUACAUAACAUUUUGUAUGAAAUGGCAACCCCAUGUAAAAUCCUUAUAUGUCUGUGGCACAUAUUUUUUGUUUAAAUUUAAUGCUAUGAUAAGGAAAUAACAUGCUUUUGCCAUUUAAGCUGACCGAUUAAAUGUAGUUUUUAUUAUGGAAUAUGAAAGGCUAAUGUUGAUGUCCUGAGGCAAUGGUUUUGUUUUGUACAGUCAGUUAUAAAAUGAAUUCAUUCAGAUACAAUGAUGUACAUCAUCUCUGUUUAAUAUGACAUGAUUUUAUUAUAUUAAUUUUGCUAGAAUGGUUUUACUUGGGGCUGUUAAUGACUUAUUCAUCUAUCAACUUUUUUCAAGAUUGUAGGUUAUCACAGUUGCCGUCAUGUUGCUGCUGUUAAUAGCAUAUAGCAGAAGUUGGCAUUUACAGCCAAAUAUAACUGUCACCUUUCUUUGAGAAAUUGCCAAACUUUAUGCAGUUAAACUUUGAAAAAGACCUGUUUUAUUGACAAUGUAGCUGGAAGAAACAGCUACAAGUACCUGUAGUAUUUUAUAACAAGUGACUUAUUGACAGCUGGCUAUAGGUAAUAAUUUUUCAUCUUGAAACUGACCAACUUUUUGAACCAAACUCAUUGGUAAUCAACCUACCAAGGCUGGCUAUGCUAUUUACAAUGAAGCAUGUAUAUAGAGAACAUGAGUUUCUGUAAAAUACAGUUUAUUACAUGUAUCUCUUGAAACUUUGUUCAUUGUGCCUGUAGGUGUUUCGCUUUCGAAAGUGACCAAAUGUAAAAGGGGCAUGUCUGAUAAUGGUACUUUCUUGCUUGGUGCUACAUAUAUGGCCAGAAUCUUUGCAUAUUUCCACACACUGUUGUCUGAAAACCUAUGAGACUUUGUGGUGCCAAAUGCACAGGUCUUAAAACCUGAAACUUGGCGGUGCCAAAUACCCGGGUCUAAAAACCUGAAACUCGGCUGUGCCAAAUACCCGGGUCUGAAAACCUGAAACUUGGCGGUGCCAAAUACCCGGGUCUGAAAACCUGAAACUUGGCUGUGCCAAAUACCCGGGUCUGGAAAGUUGAGGUUUGGCGGUGCGAAAUACACGGGUCUUCUUCAUUUCUGUAGAUUGUUUUGAUUUCAGAUGAUUGCCUUUUUUUAUGAGAAUUUAGAUUUUCUGACACCAUUGCUGAAUCAGUGGCAAACGUUGAUGAAUUUUCAGGUUUAAAAGUUUCAACUUAAUCAAAUCACCAAAAGUUUGAAUUUGAAUGUAAUUAUUGCACUUCUCAUGUAGAAGAUAUUUAUUUGUAAUAUUUCAAAUAAAUAAUAAUUAUAUCAUUGUGCAAAACAUGAUUAUUGCUGCUGUAUUUGAAUAGUGGAAAGAAGAAACUGUGCAUGCAAAAAUAUACAGGUUCUUAAAUAACUCCUGAAAUAGCAAUUUUCAAAGAUAACUUAAUUGUAUACAUUGUCACAUACUUAAAGAACAUACAUCGCUGUAUCACGGUUACAUUUGUGUCAAAUGAUAGAGGUAAACAAGAUGUUAUCAUAUGUGCACAGUUUCGUUUUUCCACUUGUGUUAUAUAUAUAUAUAUACAUGUCUCCAAGAGAUAGUAGUGCAAAACAUUGUCACAUUAAGACCUUCACUGUGCUUGCUUCGUCUUUAUGUAAUAAAUGACUGUUAUUUCUUCCUUUAGUUGAUGACAUAAUGAUGUUAAAAAUUGAUAAGUUCAAUAAAAUAAAUUUCCUCUCAUAUUCUUGCUAAACAUAGACUGGUCUGAUUUCAUUGUUUAACAAACUAGUUAUAUAUACAGAUAAUUGUGACUGAAUCAAAAGUUGUUAAUAUAUGUUAAUUGUACUACAAGUGUAGUUAUGUUAUAGAAUCAUGUAUAAAAUAGAUUAGCUUGAUUUCAAUGUCAAAUAACUUGGUACAUUGUAUUUUUGCAGUUUUAUUGAAAUGCUUUAUAUUUAAUCAUGUAUUGUAUGUAUGACAUAAAAUAUUUUAUGUAAAUCGUCUUCGUAACACGAGAAUGUCAUCUUAUAACUUUGGUAUAAUUUCACAAUAAUGUCAUACCGGUCAAAACUGGGAUGAUAUUGGAAGCCUGUAUUUGCAAUCAAACAAAAGUUGUCAAUUAAAUGUUUGGUCAUGUAUCGUGAAAUUGUACUUAUGUAUGCACGUAUGCCCUUGAAAAUGCUUGAAUUUAGCAUUUAUAAGCAUAACAAAUUAUAACCAGUUUGGUACUGCUAUACUCUGUUUGAUGUAUCAUAUGCGGUAAGAUGUGUUUGGUUUACACUAUAUAGAGCUGCCUCUUUUUAUUGUGGCAAACCCCAGAUGUUUUCAUUGCGUACGUUUAUUAUUUAUUCUUCAAUAUUUUGAUUGUAUGGUCGCACAGUAAAAUAUAUAAACUGAAAA